AUGAGUAACGCAGAAGAUAACCAGCCAACUAAUUCAAAUACCGAAGGUGGGAAGCUUACAGGCUCUACAAAGGUAUAUUUAAGGGGAGGAGGCAAAGUUAAAGAAAUGACUUUAGAUCAAUUACGCAGACCACAUACUGUCAUUCACAGAGUUCCUCACCAACCUGCUCCAGAAGAUAAUAAUGCAAGUGGCCUACUUAAUACUGGAGAUCACAGACCUAACAUAGAUAAUAAUACAACAAAUGAUACAAACUCAACUAACGCUAGUAAGUAA